AACAUAAACAUUUGUGAUUAAAUACUAUUGUACUGGUAGAACUGUACAAUCUAUUUUGUACUAGCUAACUAGCUCACAAUCAUCAAUGGCCACAGCUUAUAUUCUAUCCCCUCCGCAGCUUCCUCCACCGAGGGUUGCUAAGGAGAGAGGCGGCCCUAGUGAUGAGCUGCGAUAUACACUGGACAGUUACGAGCCAUCUCAAGUCCUCGCGUCUCAAGAUAACAGUUACGCUACGGUUGUCAACUCUCAGCACAUCUCCACCCAGGGCUAUUCCUCAGGCUAUGUGACAUGCUCCAUUGAUCCAAAGACACUAGAGCAACCAUUGGAGCUGCAGAAUACAGCGCUGUACAAUAGUCAAGAAGAAGUUCAACGAAAAGACAACACUAGAGGAGUGAGUUUAAUCCGUGAAGAAUCUAUCAGUCUUCAACACAGCUAUGGAAGACAUGUUGAGGGAGAGUUUGACUCUCUCUGGAAGUCUGCAGACCAUCUCCAACAUUACCACGACGAUAGGCAGGCCCACCAGAGCACUACCACCACCCGCCCUCUUGCCACCAUCAUGAGGCAACUGCAGGAGGUGCAUCCAUCACUGUGUGGCUUGCUCAAGAAUGCAGACAAACACUUACAUCGAGGACAGUUGGUUAAAGCCACACAAUACCUCGAACGAUGUAUACCACAAUCCAACGAGUUUCCACGGCUGCAAGCACUUGUUUCGAUUCUACUGGGAGGUGUGUAUAUGCAACUGAAACAACACAAGAAAUCCUCUGAUAACUAUCUCCGAUAUCUUACAUAUUGCAGAAAAAUACAAGAUUUCAAAGGAGUGACAUCAACUGAAUGCAAACUGGGCAUAUCGUACACGAAGCAAGGGCUAUUUAAACUUGCAGCUAGAUGCUUUAUCCAAUACCUGGAGAACUCUAAGCUGCUGCACGAUGAUGUUGGAGUUGCGGCUGCUUGCAGUAACCUAGGAACACUCUCCAAGUUGUUGGCUACCCAAAGCUACCGAGCUUCCCUCAAGGAAGGCCUCAGGGAGCAGGCCGGAGAGAGCCUACGCACCAACCUGUAUAGAGCUGUGGCCUAUUUUGAGCAGCACAUUGACAUCAUGGAGCAUUAUGGAGACCUUGAGAAGCAGUCCCAUUCCUAUGGCAACCUAGGCUCCUGCUAUGAAAUGCUGAGACAGUAUACACACGCUGUUUUCUGUCACAACAAGCGUUUGGAGAUUGUCCGGUUUGUUGGAGACAAAGUAUCGGAAUGCUACACACUGUGUCACCUUGGUAACUGUUUCCGAGCAACUGGGAAACUGCAAGAAGCAAUGGAGUACUAUCAUUUCAGCUAUGAGAUGUCUCAAAUGGUCGAGUGCUAUCAAGUGGAGAUGGUAGCACUACUGAACCUUGGCAUCUCUUGUGAGCUCACCAACAACCUGCACAAGGCAAUCGAAUGGCACACUCUGUACUUGAGUAUGGCCGUGCAGCAUGGUGACUCGAGGGCAGAGGUCAGAGGGUUCAGCACGUUAGCAGCUCUCUAUGAAGAGACAGGACAGACAGUGAAAGCUCAAAACUACUACAGCAAGCUUGCUGAUGUUAUGAAAGGCCUCGGUGAUAAUGAUGCAAGCCUCAGGGCAAUUAAACACUUAGCGAUAGUGCAGAGAAAACAAUUGAAUAAGAAGAGGAAAUUGGAUCGUUCCAGAAGACCCCACACUAUUACCACUGCUGGGGGUCACUGUCACACCCCAUUUCACGCUACCCCUGAGCGCACAGCUUCAAAGAGAAACAAGAUGGGGUCAUGGCCGCUGCAAAAACAACCAAAACAACUUGUGGCAGCGCCCAUCGAUAGUGCCGUCUGCUACUCCUCCAGAGUCGUGUUUGAAAACCCAGCAGCCAUACUACUGCAAGAGCAUUAUAGCGAACAAGAAGAGAGCGAGGCAGAAGAAUGGUCUAGUCCCGCAAGCCACACUACAGAGGAACGACUGUCGCCUACUGACUCCACCCUCUACUUCCCCUACACUUACAACUCGCAAGAUACUAGCUCUGAAGAAAUGGACGAUCCUCGCUAUAUUCCCAUCAAAAGGGGCCGUUUUAGGGGCUCCCCCCAGCCCCCACCUCUACCCCCUCGGCAGUUUUCGGAUAGUGAACUCAGUACGAACAAUGGCAGUUAUGCAGACCCAGAGAGCACAACAGACUACGAAUCCAUUCCCAGUAUUACUCCCCACACGCAUCGGCCCAGCUGCCCUGUACCCCACAGGGAGAGCCCCUCUAAUCAAUGCUCAUCUGUAAUAUCGACUACCUCAAGUGGCAUGUGGGAUGAACUGGAGGACCUCACGCAGAGCAGCUGUGUGGGAUCUGACACCAGCUGUGGGGGGUCUAACAACAGCUGUGGGGGGUCUGACACCAGCUGUGAGGGGUCUGAGGAGGAGGAGGAGGAGGAGGACAAGGAAUGGGAGCAAUGGAUCAACCUCAGAGACGUCAAUAGUGCCCUGUGUCGAGUGGUCUCCAUGACAAGCGGUCAGAUACGUAAGAGGAGAGACAAUAAUAUAAAGCCCCCCCACAGCGCCCCCCACAGUAUCCCCCACAUCAUGCCCCCCAGAGAGAACAAUGAGACCUCGAGCCAGUGCACAGAGUCAUCGCUACCAUCGUGAAACUAAAUUAAAGUAUAUACCUCACAGACAAUAUUGAACAAUAAUUCAUGUAUUAUGAGUACGUGCACUGUACGGUACCAUGUUUUUGUGGUUUUUAUUAUCAUAAUUAUUAUUAUGCCUC